AUGGAAAAUAUCUUCGAAUCGAACUCCAAUAGUAAUUCAGAAGAAGAAUCGGAUAUUUUUGUCUAUUUGAGCACUAGCUUCUCGGAUAGUGGUCCUCGAACGCCUUCUCCGAAUUCACUAAAUUCCGAGGAAAUCAAAUAUCUACAAAACUAUCAUCUCCUGAAUCUCUGUGAACUCGUAAAACACGGACCAAAACCAUUAAUUGAUGCAAGCAGCAACGAAUUGGAACCAAUACUGAAAAAGUUGCAAGAAAAGAUCGAAACAUCGGUGAUAAGAACCGAAAGAAAAAAUAUCGGAAUAAUGAUAACAGACUUACUGCAAAAUAUAGGAAUAAAUCUCGAUGAAUAUUUCCAGAUAUUAUCGCGUUAUCCAUUUAAUUGGACUUAUGCGGGAACAUUGGGAUUCCUUUAUGAAUACGGAGUCGGAACAACAAUAAAUCAACAGAAAGCGUUCGAGCGCUACGAGAUCACAAAAGAAAAUGGCGAUAUUUUCGGGCAGGUUUCGCUGGGAAAUUGUUAUUUGGAUGGUCGAGGAGUAGCUGUCGACGCACAGGAAGCGUUAUACUGGUACAGGAAAAGUGCCGAACUUGGUUGUUCACGAGGUCAAUAUAACAUUGGAUAUUGCUAUUUCAACGGGAUCGGUGUUGAAAAAAACGAUAAGUUGGCAUUCGAUUGGUACAUUAAAUCCGCUAAUGCAAAAAACCCCGCGGCGAUGUGCAAUCUCGGAUACUUUUACAAUCGAGGGAUCGGCUGUAAAGAAGACAAAGUAUCCGGCGUGUAUUGGUUCAAAAAAGCGGCCGAAUACGAUUUCGCGCAAGCACAAUAUAAUUACGCGGAUUGUUUGCGAUGCGGGGAAGGCGUCAAACAAGACGAAAAAAAAGCAUUGUUAUGGUAUAAAAAGGCAGCGUACAUGGACAACAUUGAUGGAAUAUACAUGCUCGGAUACUGUUACGAGAAUGGAAUCGGAACCGAACGAGAUCUUGCGCGUGCUUUCGAGUGGUAUCGAAAAGCUGCGUUCGCUGGUGAUUGUCAAGGUCAAUUUGCGGUCGCGAAUUUUUAUCUUUUUGGUACGGGAAUUUUGCAAGAUUUUCGUAAGGGAUUCUACUGGGCGUAUAAAGGGGCUACUCAUAAAAAUGGGGAUGCGGAGGCGAUUCUUGAAUUGACUCGCUUAUUUGAACACAACACUAUUAUCACAUAA